AUGCUUAUGCUCAAAAAUAUUGGGAUUUACAAUAGGCUGAUCAAUACGAUUGGCAGAUCGGUUCGUUUUAACUCAAGCGGAAAGUCGUCAUUAAAUUGGGUCGAGUACUUAAACUUGAAGAAGCAAAAUAAUAGGCUUAAUGUGGCAUCGUCGGCAUUUACCAGUUUAGCGGGUGCAUUUAUAACGUUGACUUACUUAGGAAACAUCGAAAUACAGGUCGAUAAACCUAUCAUGGGAUUGGACCCGUUUAUGGUCAUGGGUGGUGCCGUCAUUUUAGGUGGUGGUGUUGGAUACUUGUUUGGACCAUUCAUCGGUACUGCGUUGUUCAGCUUGAAGAAUAAAGCGGCCAUGCAUCAAUUCAAAAUAAAAGACCAGAUUUUCUUGCAGAAAAUCAAACAUCACAGGGUGGAUCCAUCGUCGCAAUCUUUCUCCAAUCCAGUUCCUGAUUACUAUGGAGAAAGAAUCUAUUCGUUGAAUAAUUACAAGCAAUGGUUAAGAGAUUGCAAUGCUUUCAGAAGAAAGGCUAAGGAAUUCCUUUAG